AAAUAAGAGGGAGGGAGGAAUGUUUUUUGGGCUGCCUUCAGGCGGAAGCUGGGAGGGAAAGAGAGCAAGGAGGGAAGAGAAAAGAGAGAGAACCUAGUGAACGCUUUGGCCCAACAGCCAGUAAUGAGUUGCUUAGCACAGGCUGUUAAGGAAGGAACAUAGCAAGAGAGGGACGAGAGACAAGAGAGAGAGAAGACAGAACAGAGCCCCUCUCCCCUCCCACCCCUUAGUGAGCCAGUCUAAAUCAAGCUGCUUAUCACUGCUGUUGUUCUGUGAAUGUGAUGCUGGUCAGACAGUCCCAGACACAGAUUUCCAAACCUCUCGGAGCUCCUCUCAGAUCCCGAACGACCCUGGAGAGCCACGCCAUCUUCCUUCCGAAACGCUCACCACAGCAGCCGACCACCCCCAACAGCAACAUGUACCCUGAGGAGACACGCGGCGGUGGGGGUGGAGGGGCGGCUGCCCUUAACUACCUGGAGGGAGGGUAUGACUACACAGCCCCUGCCCCAGGCCCAGCCCCCCUCUAUUACUCCACCGCCCCCCUGGAUGCCCACGGACCCCCCUCGGAUGGCAGCCUGCAGUCCCUGGGCAGCAGUCCUACCGGCCCCCUGGUGUUUGUGUCCUCCAGCCCCCAGCUCAGCCCCUUCCUCCACCCCCCAAGCCACCAUGGUCUCCCCAGCCAGUCAUACUACCUGGAGACCUCUUCCACACCCUUAUACAGGUCGAGUGUGGUAACCAAUCAGCAGUCAGCGUCCCAGGAGAAGCUCUGCAUCGCCUCCGAUAGGCAGCAGCCGUUCGCUGCAGCAGGUUCAGGGUCAGGGAUCGGGGUGUUUGAGAUGGCCAACGAGACGAGGUACUGUGCGGUCUGCAGCGACUUUGCCUCUGGGUACCACUACGGAGUUUGGUCCUGCGAGGGCUGCAAAGCCUUCUUCAAAAGGAGCAUUCAAGGUCACAAUGACUACAUGUGCCCUGCGACCAACCAGUGUACAAUGGACAGGAACCGUAGGAAGAGCUGCCAGGCAUGCCGCCUCAGAAAGUGUUACGAAGUGGGGAUGGUAAAAGGAGGCUUGCGUAAGGACCGUGGUGGGAGGGUUCUCCGGAAGGAUAAGCGACAUUGUGGUCCUGCUGGUGACAGAGAGAAACCCUACAGUGACCUGGAGCACAGGACAGCGCCCCCUCAGGACGGGGGUAGGAACAGCAGCAGCAGCAGCCUCAAUGGUGGUGGAGGAUGGGGCGGGCCCAGAAUCACCAUGCCUCCUGAACAGGUGCUGUUCCUGCUGCAGGGAGCGGAGCCACCGGCCUUGUGUUCUCGUCAGAAGGUGGCCCGCCCCUACACAGAGGUCACCAUGAUGACCCUGCUCACCAGCAUGGCCGACAAGGAGCUGGUGCACAUGAUCGCCUGGGCUAAGAAAGUACCAGGUUUCCAGGAGCUGUCUCUCCAUGACCAGGUGCAGCUGCUGGAGAGUUCCUGGCUGGAGGUGCUGAUGAUCGGACUCAUAUGGAGGUCCAUCCACAGCCCUGGGAAACUCAUCUUCGCCCAGGACCUCAUACUGGACAGGAGUGAAGGAGACUGUGUGGAGGGCAUGGCUGAGAUCUUCGACAUGCUCCUGGCCACUGUGUCUCGCUUCCGCAUGCUCAAACUAACGCCUGAGGAGUUUGUGUGCCUCAAAGCCAUCAUCUUGCUUAACUCUGGUGCCUUCUCCUUCUGUUCCAACUCUGUGGAGUCCCUUCACAACAGCUCGGCAGUGGAAAGCAUGCUGGACAACAUCACUGACGCCCUCAUCCACCACAUCAGCCAUUCAGGAGCCUCUGUGCAGCAGCAGCCCAGACGGCAGGCCCAGCUCCUGCUCCUGCUCUCACACAUCAGACAUAUGAGCAACAAAGGCAUGGAGCACCUUUACAGCAUAAAAUGUAAGAACAAAGUGCCUCUGUAUGACCUGCUCCUGGAGAUGCUGGAUGGUCACCGGCUCAAAUCCCCAGGCAAAGUGGCCCAAGCUGGGGCACAGACCGAGGGCCCCUCUACCACCACUACCACCUCCACAGGCUCCAGCAUAGGGCCAAUGCGAGGCAGCCAGGAUACCCACAUCAGAAGCCCUGGUUCGGGGGUACUCCAGUAUGGCGCCCCCCGCUCAGACCGGAGGCCCAUUCCGUGAGAUACAGAAAUGGGUAUUUGUAGAUUUGGAAGAUGUAAAGUCCUUCUAUUAGAUACAUUAUGUGUAGAGAGAGAUAUUGAAAUGUAUGGAGGUGAAAAUGGAUAAAAAAUAUAAAUGUAUUAAUGUGCAUAUUCACUACUUAUUUGUUUAUAACUGAAGUGAUUCAUUUGAUAGAUAGUUAAAAUUAUUUAGCAGCAAUCUAUUGAACAUUUAGAAGUGUUUGCAUUUUGUACUGGUACACAACAGACUGAAAUGUACUCAGUCACACCAGGGGUGUAUUCACUAGGAACCAAAAGGAAGCAAACAACAUGAAACGGGGAGGGACUAGUACCUACAUUUCUCCAAUAGAAACACAUUUUCGUUGCCUUUCACAACAUUUGUAACUCUUGAGUCAGUUGUCUUUUCUGUGGCUUUAGCAACAGUUUCACCGUUGUGCAGCUUUGCACCAAGUAUUUAGCCAUCGUGUGGCGCACUGUUAGCAGCAGAGUCACGUGAUAGAGAGCAGCUAGUCUAUGUGGAUCAGUGCAUUAUACCCUAUGUGGACACAAGCUGUGCCUUGACUGAAGUGCACUUCUAAAUUGAGGGAAAUUUGGGCAUUGUAUACCUUUUGUAGCUUAACAUUGACGACUUUUUGUCAUAUUAUUCUGAGACGGAUGUAUUCAGAACACUGAAUGUAUACUUGUUUAUGGUUAUGGUACAAAUUCAAAUAUUCUGAUAUCAGGUGCCUUGUUUAGAAAAUAUAAUUGUUCAAAUGUAUCAAAAAAUAUGAUAACUUAAUGUGCAAUUUAACAAUGCUUUGUCUUAACCUACCAAGUACAACGUUCAAAUUCAAAUCCUUAUUGGGUAAAAAAUAUAUUUUAAUCCUCCCAUUUUCGAUUUCCUUUCCUCAUUGUCAUGCGUUAUCCUGGCCACAUUCUUAACAGUUUGGCCUGUCAAUCGAUUACUGUGGGUGGGAUUGUUAGAGGAGGAGCAGGAUAUUUGUGAGAGUCACAGAGUUGGUAGGGUUUCAGACCUGUCAAUUCAUUAUUGGGGUUGGGAUUUUCAGGGAAGGGAGGAGAUUAGUAAUUAAAACACUUUUUCAAUAUAAUUUAUUGUGCCUAAACCUAAGAAAAAUAGUUGUGUUCUGUUCAUAAAUAUGGAUUCCCCCUGUUAAGAAAAACAAUGUAGGAAAACAAAUGCAACAUGAAACGGGGAGGGACUAGUACCUACAUUUCUCCAAUAGAAACACAUUUUCGUUGCCUUUCACAACAUUUGUAACUCUUGAGUCAGUUGUCUUUUCUGUGGCUUUAGCAACAGUUUCACCGUUGUGCAGCUUUGCACCAAGUAUUUAGCCAUCGUGUGGCGCACUGUUAGCAGCAGAGUCACGUGAUAGAGAGCAGCUAGUCUAUGUGGAUCAGUGUAUUAUACCCUGUGUGGACACAAGCUGUGCCUUGACCGAAGUGCACUUCUAAAUUGAGGGAAAUUUGGGCAUUGUAUACCUUUUGUAGCUUAACAUUGACGACUUUUUGUCAUAUUAUUCUGAGACAUUGUAUUCAGAACACUGAAUGUAUACUUGUUUAUGGUUAUGGUACAAAUUCAAAUAUUCUGAUAUCAGGUGCCUUGUUUAGAAAAUAUAAUUGUUCAAAUGUAUCAAUUUAAAAGCAGCCAACAUUUCUGAAAGCUUGAAUGUUCUGAGCAGUUCUAGCAAAGCGUUUGAAGAUAUUAAAAACAAAUGACAAAAUGUGAUGUAUUUCUGUUAAUGUAUUACUGCAUUUUGUUCUAGAGUAAAUAUAUUCAUAAUAUAUAUUGUGCAGAACUCUUCACAGCAUUUCAAUUGAUUGACAACAUUUCAUAUUUUAUGGACAUUGUAUAUGAUUAAAAAACAGAAGUAAAAUAUUGGCCUCAAGUAGCCUUUUCUGUAGCUGUUAUGUGGAUAUUUCUAUGCUUACUUGAACAGAUUGAUGUUAAUUUAAUCUAAUUGUAUAACGUGUGUGUGAGAUAGACAUCUGGAGAUGAUCAAAUGCAGUGGUCAGUCAUUUGUUCUCCCUUAUGAGUGCCACUGCUGAUUAAUCAGUCUACUCAACAGUAGUCUACACCCACCACACGUACAGUAAAUGCGUGACUUUUGUUCAUGUACCAUGCAUUGCUGUGAAUAAAGACAUUGAGGAUAAA